CUAUGACCGCCAAGACCAGCGGCACCAUCGUUGCUGAGACAACCACUACAGUUUCCCCGGCGGCUGAGCUCCGACAACAUGGCGCCGCCACGCGCAGACAGGAGAGCGCAGUGCCAGUGCUUACGUGUGCUCCCUCUCUCAGCCUGAGGCGGCGGGGGGAGCUUAUCGCUUCCGACGUUCCCCAGGGAAACUUCCGGUGAGGAAAAACCGUACCGCAAACAUGGCGCUGGUGAGCUUCCUGCCGGUUCCCACCCAGCUGUCUCAGGAUCAGCUAGAAGCUGAAGAGAAGCUGAGAGCCCAGAAAUCCCGACAGACGGCGCUUGUGGCAUCUCGGCGAGAGCCCCCACCUUAUGGCAAUCGGAAGGGCUGGGUGCCCAGGUCUCUGGAGGAUUUCGGAGAUGGCGGAGCUUUCCCGGAGGUCCAUGUGGCUCAGUUCCCUCUGGAAAUGGGGAGGAAGAAGCGAAUGUCAAAUGCUCUGGCUGUACAGGUGGAUGCAGAAGGCAAAAUUAAAUAUGACGCCAUAGCACGACAGGGCCAGUCUAAGGAUAAGGUUGUAUUCAGCAAAUACACAGACCUGAUACCUAAGGAGGUUAUGGAUGAAGAUGACCCUGAUCUGCAGAGACCGGAUGAGGAGACCGUUAAAGAGCUGACAGAGAAGACCCGCCAGGCUCUGGAUAAAGCGGUGUCCCAGAAGAUAGCCGCCGCUAUGCCUGUCAGGGCGGCAGACAAGCUUGCACCUGCACAGUACAUCAGGUAUACGCCGUCUCAGCAGGGGGUGGCUUUUAACUCCGGAGCCAAGCAGAGGGUUAUUCGGAUGGUGGAAAUGCAGAAAGAUCCCAUGGAACCCCCUCGCUUCAAAAUUAACAAGAAGAUACCUCGCGGACCUCCGUCUCCUCCACCUCCUGUUAUGCAUUCACCUAGUAAGAAGAUGACGGUUAAGGAGCAGCAGGAAUGGAAAAUCCCCCCCUGCAUUUCCAACUGGAAGAACGCCAAGGGUUAUACUAUCCCACUGGACAAGCGUUUGGCCGCUGACGGCCGCGGUCUCCAGACAGUCCAUAUUAAUGAGAACUUUGCCAAACUGGCUGAAGCAUUAUACAUUGCUGACAGAAAGGCCCGAGAAGCCGUGGAGAUGAGAGCUCAGGUGGAGAGGAAGAUGGCGCAGAAGGAGAAAGAAAAGAAGGAGGAGAAGUUGCGAGAGUUGGCACAGAUUGCAAGAGAACGCAGAGCUGGGAUAAAGUCCCACGCCGAGAAAGAGGACGGAGAAGCCAGGGAGCGAGAUGAAAUCCGUGACAACAGGCGCAAAGAGCGUCAGCAUGAGCGUAACCUAUCCCGGGCGGCCCCCGACAAAAGGUCCAAGCUGCAGAGGAACGAGGAGAGAGACAUCAGUGAGCAGAUUGCUCUAGGUAUCCCCGCCCAGCGGCCCUCAAGUGAGAUUCAGUAUGACCAGCGGCUUUUCAACCAGAGCAGGGGCAUGGACAGCGGCUUUGCAGGUGGAGAGGAUGAGGUAUAUAAUGUGUACGAUCAGCCAUGGAGAAGCAACAAGGAAGUGGCUCAGAACAUUUACCGGCCCAAGAACAACGACUCUGAUGUGUACGGCCCAGAUCUCGAGACCCUGAUGAAAACCAACAGGUUUGUUCCCGAUAAGGAUUUCUCCGGCUCAGACCGCAAGCAGAGGCGUGAUGGACCGGUGCAGUUUGAGGAAGAUCCUUUCGGUCUGGAUAAGUUCUUGGAGGAGGCCAAGCAACACGGAGGUGCAAAACGCCCUUCGGACAGCGGCCGCGCCAAAGAGCACGACCACGAAGGGAAAAAGCGCAGGAAGGAGUGAGGGCUGGGAUUGCUUUGUACAUUCUAAAGACUGGUGCAUCAUUAUCCUGGCACAGAAGAUGCCAAGAGACUUUACAUAUGACCUAUUCCAUUAGCAAAGUUAUCCUACUGUUUAUAUGUAAUGACGUCAAUCUGGGCGUUGUAGCGAGAGUCUGGACCUGUGCUGUAUGUAUUGGCAAGGGACACAAACUUGCUGCUUACUGACGUAUUGCGGGCUGCGACCUGAAUGAAGGGGUUUUCUUCGCCAAUGUAAGAAUUACAAUUAAGGUGCGUUUCUGUGUCCUUUCCCCAAGGUAAGCUUUACAAUUCCACAGCAGUAACUUGGGCUUUGUCUUAUUUCAGAAAACAGGAGUUUGCAAAUAUUUUAUUUUCAGUUUUAUUUAAUUUUUUUUUUUUUAAUCUGUACAAUAAAAAAAUACAACUCAA